ACGUCGUCUACCACUUGCACAUGCGCAGACUGAUCGUGUGUUUUGGUACCAAUCGUCUGAAGAAGACAACAGAGCAGUGCGGUCUACGUCUGUGAAGAACAUCUUUUCCCUGAGCAGCAGGUGUAAACCUCCAGGAUGAAGCAGGAGAAACCACAGCCCCCCCAUAUUAAUAAAAAAGAGGAGGAGCCACAUCUUACCCACAUUAAAGAGGAAGUUGAGGAGCUACAUCGCCCACACAUAAAGGAGGAAGAAAAGGAAUACAGUAACAGUCAGAAUGGAGAGCAUCUUGAAGGAAUGGAGGUUGAUAUCUCCAAGAUUCCAUUGAAUGGUGUCAUUGUGAAGAUUGAAGAUGAUGAGGUCAAAAGUGAAAGUGAGAAGAGAGAGGUGGAGCCUCCAAGCAGCAGCUCAACUCAACACAUGACAACAGAAGAUGAUGGAGACCACUGUGGAGGAUCACAAGCAGACAAGCUCUUAGCUCCACUAUCAGAUAGUGAUGACAUGACGUCACACUCUCCUGAAACUGAUGAUAAAGACUCUGAAGCUGAUACAACAUGUCACACUGACAACACACACUUUGAAUGUCCUCACUUUGGCAAAACUUUUAAUUACCGUUGUAAUCUGAAAACACACACUGGCCUUUAUGCAACAAGCAAUAUGUGGCAGACAGAGGAGCCUGGAUCCAGCCUGGCCUACAGGCCAACAUGGCAAGGGGGAAGAAUGGCCGACAUUUCCUGCUCUGCGGCUCAGGUCCAGAUCCUUACCCUGCUGGAAACGAUUAAACACACCCAAGACCAGCUGGUGGCGAAGGUCAACUUCUUAACCAGCAGGUUGACCAGUACCCCGGGGCCAGAAGUUGAAAUGCUGGCCAAUAUCCAGUUUCCACUGGAACAGUUGGAGGAAGUGGAGGCAUUUGAGGCAUUUUUGAAGGAACCAUCAAAUGGCCCAGCUCGGCAAAGAGUGAUUUCUUCUUUGGCCACCAUUGGAGGCCAGGAUGUGAAGCGGGUGACCUGGAACAUCCUGGGCAGGAUCUUCACAGAUAAGGUUGCACAUCAGAUAAAUUGGAAGGGUGUCAACAACAAAAAGGCCUUUAGCAGGAUGGCAACAAAGACCUUGCUUUUCAGUGCUGUGAGAAAAAAUGUGCUGACAGGGUCAGCCACGGAUGCUGAGGUCACCAAACACGCGAUCAGGUGGUUCAACCUUGCGGCGGAUCGGGCGGCGAGGAGACGAGUCCCGCCUCCACCUCCACAGACAGAUCAGGAGAGUUCCGUUAAAAAAGGGAGAAAGUCCACGGGAAGUGACGUCGUCUACCACUUGCACAUGCGCAGACUGAUCGUGCGUUUUGGUACCAAUCGUCUCGGAGAAGGCAACAGAGCAGUGCGGUCUACGUCUGUGAAGAACAUCUUUUCCCUGAGCAGCAGGUGUAAACCUCCAGGAUGAAGCAGGAGAAACCACAGCCCCCCCAUAUUAAAAAAGAAGAGGAGGAGCCACAUCUUACCCACAUUAAAGAGGAAGUUGAGGAGCUACAUCGCCCACACAUAAAGGAGGAAGAAGAGGAAUACAGUAUCAGUCAGAAUGGAGAGCAUCUUGAAGGAAUGGAGGUUGAUAUCUCCAACAUUCCAUUAAAUGUUGUCAUUGUGAAGAUUGAAGAUGAUGACGUCAAAAGUGAAAGUGAGGAGAGAGAGGCGGUGUCUCCAAGCAGCAGCUCAACUCAACACAUGACAACAGAAGCUGAUGGAGACCACUGUGGAGGAUCACAAGCCGACAAGCUCUUAGCUCCACUAUCAGAUAGUGAUGACAUGACGUCACACUCUCCUGAAACUGAUGAUGAAGACUCUGAAGCUGAUACAUGUCACACUGACAACACACACUUUGAAUGUUCUCAAUGUGGCAAAACUUUUAAUUACUCUUGUAAUCUGAAAACGCACAUGAGAACACACACUGGUGAGAAACCUUUUUCCUGUGUAAGCUGUGGUAAAAGUUUUACGCAAAAUCAUCAUUUGAAAACACACAUGAGAAUACACACUGGUGAAAAACCUUUUUUUUGUUCGUUAUGUGGUAAAGGUUUUACACAAAAUCAUAAUUUGAAGGCACACAUGAGAAUACAUGCUGGUAAAAAACCUUUUACUUGUUCAUUUUGUGGUAAAGGUUUUACACAUAAUCAUCAUUUGACAGGACAUAUGAGAACACACGCUGGUGUAAAACCUUUUUCCUGUUCAAUCUGUGCUGAAGAUUUUGCACACAAAAUUCAUUUGAAAUCACACAUGACAACACACACUGGUGAAAAACAUUUUUCCUGUUCAAUCUGUGCAAAAGGUUUUACACAAAGUCAUAGUUUGAAGGCACACAUGAGAGUACACGCUGGUGAAAAACUUUUUAGCUGUUCAAUCUGUGCUAAAAGUUUUACACACAAAAAUUAUUUGAAAACACACAUGACAAUACACACUGGUAAAAAACCUUUUUCAUGCUCAAUCUGUGCUAAAGGUUUUACGCAAAAUCAUCAUUUGAAAGCACACAUGACAAUACACACUGGUGAAAUACCUUUUUCCUGCUCAAUCUGUGCUAAAGGUUUUGUACGAAAAGAUACCUUGAAAAGACACAUGACAACACACACUGGUGGGGAAGUGUGAGUUGCAGUGUGUGUGAUGAAAGAGUCUCAAAAGUACCAGUGUAAGAAGUGUAACACUCUUGUUAGUGGGUUUCUACCAUUGAUAGAUUCGAUUUUUAAGAUUGGUUUUAUGUAUGUUAGAAGAAUGCAUUAGUUUACAACAUUGUGUACAUUCAUUUUAAAUAACACAUUUUCAUUGAUUGAAAAGGGGACUGAAGCAUCAGCUUAUUUUGACUAACCAUAUUAACGUUUUUUAACAUUCCCUUUAAAACUAUAAACAGAACAAAAUUUAUGUUGCAUUAAAAAACAUGGAUUGUGUGUACAGAAUAAAUGAAAUAUAUUUUACGCACUUAUUCAUUUAGGUUUUUAAUUAAAGUGUUGCAUAUUUUCAUUUCUAAUUCUAAAUAAUUCCAUUGAUGGUGUCCUUUAUAUGAUAUACAUAUUUGUUUCACAUUGUUUCAUACUUUUGCUUUUGAAUGCACAUAAAUCCCUCUUAGUUCAUAUGUAUUGGUUCACAUCUGAAACGUCUUAUGGAUCACGUCUGGAAGCAUUUUAUUAUUUACUUUAUACAUUAUUUGAGCAGUCUUGUAUUCUACAAGAUCAAUUACUUUUAACAUGUCCUCCUCACUCCAUGUUUGACCCUUUUCCCAGUGCACCUUUACGGGGUGCAGCCCUUGUUGCGACCCAUGCAUGUUCCUGUUCUGUCUACUCCGUAUGAUGUAUGUCUGAUUUUGAACGGGUUUGGACUGAAAAUGUAAUUGUGUUGCACUUUUUAAGUUCAAUGACAAAGUACUAUUCCAUGAUGUGACUUUUAUAAAUCAUUUGUCCAGUCUUGAUAAUCAAUUCUAUGAAUUAUCCUUAUUAUUCUCUUAUGUGAUAUGACUAUUGGGUUUGUGUUUGUUUUAUAUGUAUGUCCCCAGGCCUCUAUGCAACAAGCAAUGUAUGCUUCAAGUAAAGUUCUGAUUUUAAGUUUA